AUGUCGGUCGGCGAUGGAAAAAGAAAGCUGCUCCUUUCAAUCCCACUCGUUGCUGCCUUACUUUUGGUCCAGAUUGGGCCCAUGAACAUGCGUACGGAUACCUACUGCAUGCACUGCCAUACGAGUAUCCAUACAGGCAGAGUGCAGCUUGGAGGUUGGGCUCUAGCACUCUGCGCAGUACUCCGUACGCAGUAUACCUUACUCCGUAAUUACCCCGGUUUGAUUUCGUCAACAAGACAAGAUGCUACUCUCGCCAAGUAUGGACAGAAUAGGAAAACGCAACGAUCACGGCUGCAAGACACUCACUCGUCCCCUCCCUGGCACUCUCACGUGCCUCACAGGCUAACCCUUACCCCGUUCUGUUCUGACUUUGCCUUGCAGAUGAUCCCACAGUCCGUACGAACACACCUUGUAUACUGA